UUCCGUGAUUCACUUUUUUGUGCGACGGCUGCGACAGCACGUUGUUGGAAGCUGAGCCUGGUGCUAGUAAAAUGUCAGAGACCCAAGUGGAGCGAACUAGUCCGAUAAAAGAGCCGGCAAUGGCCGUAUCACACCCUCAGAAGCGUUAUUACAGACAGAGAGCCCACUCCAACCCCAUGGCAGAUCACACCUUCCAAUACCCAGUGAAACCUGAACUAAUGGACUGGUCUGAAUACUACCCAGAAUUUUUUAAACCCUUGUCCUCUGAUUGUCGCCAUGACGAUGUAAAGGAUUUGACAGAAGAGAAGAUGAAAGAACAUCAGGUGGAAUUUGCAGACAUUGGCUGUGGAUAUGGUGGUCUGUUAGUUGAAUUGUCUCCCCUGUUCCCAAACACUCUCAUGCUUGGACUGGAGAUUCGUGUGAAGGUGUCUGAUUACGUGCAGGACAGAAUAAGGUCCUUGAGGCUCUCCCAUCCUGGUCAGUACCAGAACAUUGCUUGCAUCCGGAGCAACGCCAUGAAGUACUUGCCCAACUUCUUUAAAAAAGCCCAGCUGAGUAAGAUGUUUUUCCUGUUUCCCGAUCCUCAUUUCAAGAAAACAAAACACAAAUGGAGGAUUAUCAGUUCCACUCUUCUAGCUGAAUAUGCCUAUGUACUGCGUGUUGGGGGCCUAGUCUACACUAUAACUGAUGUGGAGGAGGUCCACCACUGGAUGGUGAAACAUUUCAUAGAGCAUCCCCUUUUUGAGAGAGUCUCUGAAGAACAACUGGCAGAUGAUAUAAUUGUGGACAAGUUGGGCAUCUCUACUGAAGAAGGAAAAAAGGUCCAGCGGAACAAAGGACAUAAUUUCUUGGCUGUAUUUUGCCGGGUAGAAAACAAAACAUUUAGAAAUCGAGAUACUUAAUAUUGUGACAGGAUGCUUUCCAUUCAGUGUUUUUAUUUCCAAGUGACAAUAUCUGAUGGGAGUAAUUACAACCGAAGGACUGUUUAGCUUUUAGCACUUGUUUACAAUCUUCCUAUCUAUCCUUAUGAGGGACAGCUAAUUUGUUUUACAGUGCUGGAGAAGAUUAUCAAACACAACUUGGCAACUACUUGUUAAAUUUACUGGAAGAAGGUUCCAUACCCCAGCUAUGUAAAUAUAUAUAUGUAUGAAUCUUCACUACUUUUUUAAAUCGUAAGCAGGGCAUAUAAAGGUAAUUUCGACAUUUUCAUCUCUUAAUGGACGCUUUCAUCCGGAUGCAAAUGACAUGUCAAGUGCAAGUUGAAAUACUCUCCUCGGUAGCCCAGAAUUAAGGUGAUCAUGGUCGGACCUACAUUUAAUAAAAAUGUGAAAUGUG